UGCAAGAAAAGGAGCUCUGCUGCAAGCCCACGACAUGUCGCGGUCCAUCAAGCUGAUCACCGCUGCAAUCUUUCUGCUGCUCCUGGUUGCUCAAGUGGAAUGCCGGGGGUGUACGCCGUCGAGCAUCAGCGUCGAGCAGACCAACACCGGGAAAAUGGCCGGCGGGAUCGACACGGUGUUUCAGGUGACGGUGACCAACCGGUGCCGGUGCGCCGUGAACAACGUCUACCUCCGGUCCAACGGCUUCUCGAGCUCAAACCCUGUCGACCCGAAGCUCUUCCGGCGGGCCGGGUCCGGUUACCUCCUCGGUGACGGCCGGCGGAUCCCCAGCUCCAAGUCCAUCACCUUCCAGUAUGCUUGGGACCAUUACUUCAAGAUGGCGCCAGCGAGUGUGCAGGCCCAGUGCUAGGCUUUUUGUGGCUCCUAAAAUAUAAGGGCCUUUUUGGGUCGUGUCUUUAGAGUUUGCAGGUUGGAAUAAAGUGGUUUAAACCUAUAAUUUUAAUCAAAAUUAAGAACAGACAGCUCGAUUAAA